AUGAAGCCCAUCUACAAAAAGUGUUUUUUAAGAAUGCUUUUGUUUCUAGUUUACGGAUUUCUUGGAGCCUGGUUGUUUAGUUUGAUAGAAGAAAGAGACGAACCCUACGCUGUCACUUCUAACAGACGAUUGGAACUAAGACGGAAAGAGAUGAAGAAUAAAUACAACCUGACCAACUCGACCGACUUUGAUAAAUUUGUAGCGAUAGUGUCUGAAGCGAGCCAGCUAAAGAAAAAAAUGGACUGGACGGUUCUCAAUGGAUGUGAAUUCACCUAUACAGCUAUAACUACUGUUGGUUAUGGUAAUAUAACUCCGCAAACAAUUCUUGGUCAGGUACUCACUAUACCAUACUGCACUAUCGGUCUGCCAAUAAGCAUGGUUGCUCUGAAGACAGCAGGAGAAGUUCUUGCCAUUUUAAUGCAUAACAUGGCAAAGAUUUUGGACAAGAGGGUACUUCGCCAAAAACGUCCUAAACAAAGCAUCUUUAAAUGUUUUGCAAUGAUUAUAUCAUGGAUAAUUGUCUUGGUUGGUAUCUUAGCAACAGCGGAAAUGUACCUGGAUGGGUGGACCUUCCAUGAAGGGCUAUACAGUUGGUUUAUUACCUUUACGACAAUUGGUUUGGGUGACUAUGUACCAUUCCAAAACUUUAAAAAUCAAAAAGCCGGCCAAUCAGCUUGGGCCUUGAUUCUAUUUGGUGCAACAUUUACUGUCCCUUACAUCAUUGGUCUCUGUCUAGUCUCAUGUUUGUUAAACUUGCUGGUUGAGCAUUCAGAAUCAAUUAAAGUCAGUUUUUGUGUUAUAUGCAGCAGUUCUGUGAACAACCAUGAAGUAGAGGCAGCAAUAAGUAAUGAUGUAAAAUUGAAUUCAAUUACUUGCAGAAGAUUUAGUGUUUGAAUCCAUGAAAAGCAAGAAAUGAUAACACUUCCAAUUGACAUUUUCUUAGAAGGUUCAACCCAAUUUUAUUUCCUAUAUAGCUGCUAGUAUUAUAAGUCACCUGCAUGGUUUGAAUGCACAUAAAAGUAAUAGAUAACGUAUUUUUAGCAUAUGUAAUCAUUAUUCAUAACGUACAACAAUAAACUGAUAACUGAA